AUGGCAUCAACACUAGACACAAAAUCUGUAGUUGUUACCUUGUUCAUAUAUUUGUGGACAUGCACAUCUCGUGCUACAUCCCGGGCACUCUCUGAACCUUCCAUUGCUGCACUGCAUGAAGACUGGGCUGUCCUGCAUGGCCGUGUUUAUGCUAAUAGCGCAGAGAAGGACAGACGCCAACAGAUAUUCAAGGACAACUUGGACUUCAUACGCAAACACAACAGCCAAGAAAACAAGAGCUACACUUUAAGCGUAAACCUUUUUGCUGAUUUAACUAACGAUGAAUUCCUCGCGUCUCACACAGGAGCUCUUUAUAACCCACACACUCUACCAACUUCCUCCAGCAUCAACCGCAGUCUCUCUGUCGUUACGUCAAGCUUGGAUUGGAGAAAGAAAGGAGCCGUUAACAAAAUUAAGUACCAAGGCCAAUGUGGGAGUUGCUGGGCAUUUUCAGCUGUGGCGACAGUUGAGGGGAUUACCCAAAUAAAAACUGGAAACUUGAUUUCGUUGUCUGAGCAACAAUUGGUGGAUUGUGCCAGCCAUGACGGAUGCCACGGAGAAUCCUUGGAAAACGCCUUUGGGUAUAUAAAAAGCAUGGGUCUUGGAACUGAUGCAGAAUACCCUUACAAGGAAACAACUGGGAGUUGCCAUUCUGUGAAUCCUGCAGCCAGGAUUGGAGGUUUCGAAAUGGUGCCUCAGCAGAGGGAGGAGGAACUUCUUCAGGCAGUGAGCAGGCAACCCGUUUCUGUAAUCCUUGAUGCUAGUGGACAAGCAUUUCAGUUUUACAAGGGAGGAGUUUUCGGUGGUGAGUGUGGAACUCAACUUAACCAUGCUGUUACUGCAAUUGGGUAUGAUGAGGAUGCAAAUGGCAAGUACUGGUUGAUAAGAAAUUCUUGGGGUGAAGGAUGGGGAGAGGAGGGUUACAUGAAGAUUAUGAGGAACACCGGCGUCCCCGAAG